UCAACAUCAGGAAAGGCCCAGCAACGUGAUUAAGAUCUCUGCUGGAUUUUAAAUCGUUCAGUUCAAUAUCUAUCAACUCUAUUGGACUGUGAUUCUCUUCUGACCUGCUGUCCCAUUCUCCUCAUUCAGUCUGUUGAUCAGGUGCUUUUCCAGCAGCAGCUUGAACAAACUCAUGCACAUCAGCAGCAGGCUGAGAUGAGAUAAAGAGGGCCGGGCUACUUUCUAAAUCACCUCAAGACCUCCGGCGUUGAGCCUUAGCAUGUCUCCUCUCAGACUGGGACACAGACGGUUCCUGCUGUUCCUUUCUCACCAUGAUCUUCUACCUUCUCCUCCCAGCUCUCACUCUUGGUGUGUUGGCAUCACAACCAGCCAACACCACGGAAGAGCUGGAUGAAGUUCUGAGAGACCAAACAUUCAGGGUGAUGACAGAGAACCGUACAGCAAAACCAAAGAAUGCAACAUCCCUUUCGUACACAGAAGAAAUAGAACUCCAGGAUGAACUGAACAAAACAUCCACGUUUUUAACAGAGGAUGAUGAGUCUUUUCAAGACCAAGACACCAACGUCCCAGAGAAAGGCUGUGAUCUGGACCUGCUGAUAAAGUACAGUUACAGCUACUGUGGUAAAAACUUUCAAGAAGAAAUGCAAAAGAUCAACGCAGAAGACUGGUGUGUCCUGGAAAACGUUAUCAGACCAUACAAUGACUUGACGUUGUGUUUGGAGGGCGUGACCGGGCUUGUCAACUGUUUUUUUCCAAAUCCUGAGAUUCAAGAUGUCUUCCUCCACAUCCACUCCUACUACUUCCACAACUGCACUGAGAAAGAAGAGCUGCUGUUGGAUGAAACCCCUACCAGCCUGCUGGUGGCCCUCACCAUCAUCCCUGUGAGCCUCAUCCCCAUCCUGGUUUAUUUGGUGGGUUGGAAAAGUUAAUUAUCCCAUUCAGAGGAAGCUAGAGCUGCAUGUAUUCUUUGUAAAAUAUCUUGUAGUGAAAGUCUUGGUUAGAGUCAAAUUGUUAGCUCACCUAAUAGCUCAACUAAUAUUAAUCUCAAACUUUUAAUAUGUAUGUUUUUUAAACAAACAUCUGAAAACCGCUUCAAAUGAUGAAAUGAUCCACCUGACGUUGUCCUAACUCACUGAGCUGCCAUUGUCAGAGACCACCUUGGGACAAUAUUUACAAGGGGCUUCAAUAAAAUGUUUCAAGAUGUUCUAGGAUUCCUACUUUCCUCUCAGGAGUCGCAGGUCCUCGUUCUUGAUUUGCUGGAUGUUCAAAAUGUGAAUGGCCAAUUUUUCUCCAAAUAUAGAAACAGGGGACAUGCGAGACGACUCGACUCUGGGACGAGUCAGAGGCACUAUCUGAGUUUGAAUCUGACAUUUUGAAUGCAAGAAAAUGGAAUGUUAUAUGAGGACAAAUUAUGAACAGCUUAAGACACAGUUGAUGCACUUUGUAACAAAACUGCCACAAAAAUGAACAGCAGUCAAUCGAAUGCCACCCCUAACUGUCACACUUCAUCCAUUUACAUCAUGUGACCUGGCCAGAUGUUAAAGUAGCCACUGAAGAGUCACAUGACACAUGUCACACCAGCUCUGUGACUUCAGCUGUUUUCUUUAGUGUCUUCCAGGGUUAGGGUUAGUGGGCAAACAGCCCACUGAGCUCCUGGGGUUAGUGACCUUUCUGCACCUGUAGAUGGAGCUCACACACUUUUACAAUAUAUAUAUAUUUAUAUAUAUAUAUAUAUAUUCAAGGUUUAAAACAUCCUUUCCUGUAUUUGGUGAGAAUGAAUCAGUUAAUUGGCUGCUCUUUGUCACCGAUUCUGUUCAUAACUUUUAUGGACAGGAUUUAGUUGCAGCCAGGGCGUUGAGGGGAUCUGUUUUAACAGAUGAUGUGGUCCUGUUAGCUUCAUCAGAACGGGAUCUCCAGUUCUUGCUGGAGCAGGUCACAGCCAAGUGUGAAGCAGCUGGGAUGAGGAUCAGCUCCUCUAAAUCUGAGACCGUGGUCUUGAGUUGGAAAGGGGUACAUUCAAUUAAAUCCUGGCAGUGUUGCAUUGGCUGUCUGUUGCCAUUCGGAUUUGUUUUAUUGGCUUUUAAAACACCGAAUGGACUGACACCGCCUUAUCUGACUACGUUACUGCAGCCAUACGCCCCAUCGCGGGCGCUAUGCUCAGACGGCCUCCUGCUGCUCUCGGUCACAAGAUCACGUCUGAAGACGUGUGAGGACAGGGUUUUCACGGCAGCAGAAUGAGCUUCCCAACUGCAUAAGGGCUUCUUCGUCUACUGUGACGUUUUUAAAACAAGGCUGAAAAUCUAUCUUUAUAGCAUGGCAUUUCCCUCUCUUAGUUAGCCUUAAUGUGUUUUCAUCCCUGUUUUAGAGUAUUUGUUGUGUUUUUAUUGAUAUUUGAUCGUUUUUAUGAUUGUUUUAUGCUUUUACUGUCCCUGUAAAGUACCUUGGUGGCAUAUAUCAUGUCUGUAAGGUGCAAUACAAAUAAAAUCCAGUUGAGUUGAGUUGAGCAUGCCUUCUCCAGGUCAGGAACAUUAUAUUGCCUCAUACAUGAUUUCCGCUUUAGUGAAACAUAACUUCGGGUGAUGGUUUCUGAGACAAACAUCUGAAACGUGUGUUUCUGUAUCGCAAAAUUACCAAAACAGGCCCAGCAUUAAAAUAUUCAUCACUGCUAUUGUUGUUUUCAUCAGAUUUGAGAAAAAUAAUUCUCUUCUUCAAAAACUGUAAGCAAAAUCCCAG